AUGGCUCGCCUCGACGCCUACGACAUCAUCUCCAUCGUCGGCAUCCCCAUCUACGUCGUCUUCCUCCUCUGCGCCGUCCUGCUCUUCCUCAAGCACGGCUUCAGAAACUCCUCCGGCUGGCGGUACCUCGUCCUCCUCGCCGUCAUCCGCAUCGUCGGCUUCUCCAUGCGCCUCGCCAUCGUCAACGACCCGGCCAACGUAUCCCUCUGGAUCGGCUGGAUGGUCGUCAACGGCCUCGGUCUCGGCCCGCUCGUCGUCAUGCUCCUCGGCGUCCUCAACCUCGUCUUCGACGCCCUCGGCCGCCAGGGCCGCGCCGUCCUGACCCCGACGCAGCAGCGCCUCCUCAGGCUGCUGGGCCUCGCCUCCGUCGCCGUCACCGCCGCCGGCGGCUCCCAGUCCAGCUUCAGCAUCCAAGGCGCCGCCGUCCACGUCGACUACUCCGCCGCCAGCCGCGCCGGCGCCGGCCUCAUGAUUGCCAUUGUCGUCCUGCUGUGCCUCGAGGCCCUCGCCGCCCUCUGGAACCGGCGCCUCCUCGCGCCCGGCGAGUACCGCAUCCUGCUGGGCGUCGUUGCCUCGCUGCCCUUUGUCGUCGUGCGCCUCGUCUACACCUGCCUGUCCGUCUUUGCCGGCGACAAUGCCAACGUGUGGACGUACCUGGGCAUGGGCAUCCUCACGGAGAUGAUUGUCGUCUUCGUCACCGCCGUCUCGGGCCUCGCCCUGGAUAGGACGCCGCCCUCGCAGUCCAAGAGCGACGACCCCGAGCUCCUGGCGCGUCGGCGCGCCGAGCAGCAGAGCGCCAGGCCUUGUUGA